GUUCAAAGCUGCGUCGAAAAACAACGCGUGAAAAAGUAAACAAGCAGAAACAAUUCUAACCCACCACAACCUACAUUCUAUCCAUCUUGGACACAUCAGAAGUCUCUAAUAGAAACAAAGAACUUUUUCCUCGCCUACGUUCUUCUAUUCCGAGUCAGCACUGUUGAGACUCUAUUGAUUAUCACCUUCAUCGGAAUUGUAUCUUUAUCCAGACUUUCCCUCUACCCGGACUUUACCUCCAUCGAUUAUUCUACAAUGUCCAGGAGACUCUCGCGCCCCUCCACUCCCCACCGGAUGUCAUCCCGCCUGUCAGCCAUUUUGCCGCAGUCACCGCGGAUCCACUACCCAGUGGACCCCGAGAACUUGCCCCUCGACAAUGUUCUCACACAACAGAUCUUCUCGGAGCUUUCUGACUCGAUGGGCGACUUGGAUCUCAACUGCCAGAACUUACAGAUUGUCCACGAGUCACUCACCUCGUUCAACGAGUCCUUUGCCUCCUUCUUGUACGGCUUGCAGAUGAACGCGUGGUGCGUUGAGUUCACUGAAGGGCCCACGAAGGAGAGCUUUCUGCACCUUGAGAAGAUGAAGAACUUGGAAGCCCAGAUCCAUGAGGCUGAGACAGAUUUGGCUGAGCUUAUGGAGGCCAGCAAGAGUCAGGCAGCGGCCGAUAUGCCGCCACCGGCCCCUAAGCCCAGGGAAGAGGACGACAGUUCGGAUGCAUAUGGGGCCAACGAAUCAUUUAUUGUUCAACCGAAAACAAAACUCCCAAGGCCGAACUUGCACCAGCCCCCGCGGUAUAUGCGCGGCAUCACCCCGAAGGGAUCCAGAAUUCCGGCGUUGGACAAGCCAGGCAGGAAGGUGUCUCCAAACGGACAGUACAUUUCCAGGAAGACAGCCCUCAACCCUCGCCCUCCAUUCCGCUAAGAAUAUGGCAAAACGAUCAAACUAUGAAAAGUUGGUUACAGGAUUAUAGAUUACUUGCUAGGAUUGCUAGUUAUCCAAAUUACCAAACAAAUACCAGAUUCAAAUGGGGUAUCAAGUUCCCACCGCGUGAAAUAACUACAAAAUGGUUAAACCGCAGAAAUAGGUUAUAA